GAACCCGAGACCAUUGCCGAGCUCCAUUCUGCUCCAUUGCAUCUAGAGCCAUGUGACCUCUUUCUCUCUCUUUUUAUCUCUCUUGUCUGAAAAUUUGUUUUUUUUUUUAAUUUUCUUAAUGACCCCAUUGGAUUCGAACCAAACCCAUGACACGAGAGAAUGAUGAGAACCAGAUCACACCAAUCUUGAUCCAAAUGAAAUAGAAAAACAAUUCAUUCUUGAGAAACACCAACGACCCUUUCUCUACAUCUCUCCCAAUCUCCAACCCUUGAUUUCUACUUCUCAAUCAUUAUCAUCACCAACAAAGAGAAAGCUUGGUUUCAUCUUUGCUUGCUCCUCUUAACAAUCAAGCAAUGUCGCUCGACAUUAAGAGACCUAGCAUCAACAAGACCAAGAAGAAGACUGGUUUCAUCGUCAAAAUGCAACUAAACAACAACAACAACAACAGAGGUGGACACAACAAAACAAACCUCUUCUUCAUCUUCUUCAGAAACUAUUACAGAUGGGUCAUCUGGUUGUUCCUCUCUCUGUAUUUCUUCACAUCUUACUUCGCCGGAGACCAAUCCUCCCCGUCCACCACCACCACCACAAGCCUCCUCUCUAACCACCAAACGUCCUCCUCCCUCCCAUCUCGCGCUCUCAUAGAAUCUUCCGCCAUUCUCAAACCAGGCGGUCCAUUCAGCGGCAUGAAGAUAUACGUUUACGAUCUACCGGCGAGAUUCAACGUCGACUGGGUAACAGCCUCAGACCGGUGCGCCAGUCACCUAUUCGCGGCGGAGGUAGCCAUUCACCGUGCCCUUCUCUCUGACUCCUCCGUCCGUACGUCGGACCCGGAAGAAGCAGACUUCUUCUUCGUCCCUGUCUACGUCUCCUGCAACUUCUCAACAGCCAACGGCUUCCCUUCUCUAAGCCACGCUCGCUCCCUCAUCAGCUCCGCCGUCGAUUUCCUCUCCGACAGUUACCCCUUUUGGAACAGAACUCGAGGCUUCGACCACGUCUUCGUCGCUUCUCAUGACUUCGGCGCAUGCUUCCACGCCAUGGAGGAUAUGGCGAUUGAGGAAGGGAUUCCAGAAUUUAUGAAAAAUUCGAUAAUUUUACAAACGUUUGGAGUUAAUUACAAGCAUCCAUGUCAAGAAGCGGAGCACGUGGUGAUCCCGCCGUAUAUUCCGCCGGAGAGCGUGCAGAGAGCAAUAGACAGAGCUCCGGCGAACGGACGGCGAGACAUUUGGGCGUUUUUCCGGGGGAAGAUGGAAGUCAACCCUAAGAAUAUAAGCGGACGCUUUUACAGCAAGGGAGUGAGAACGGCGAUUUUGAAGAAAUACGGCGGGAGAAGACGGUUUUAUCUAAACCGGCACCGGUUUGCUGGAUACCGAUCAGAGAUCGUGCGAUCGGUGUUUUGUCUCUGUCCUCUCGGGUGGGCCCCAUGGAGUCCUAGGCUAGUGGAAUCCGCCGUGCUGGGAUGCGUGCCCGUUGUUAUCGCGGAUGGGAUAAAGCUACCGUUCUCGGAGACGGUGCGGUGGUCGGAGAUCUCUCUCACGGUGGCUGAGAAAGACGUGAAGAAUCUGCGUAAGAUACUAGAGCGCGUGGCGGCGACUAAUUUGUCUGUGAUACAGCGAAACUUACGUGAGCCGGCGUUCAAGCGGGCCCUCUUGUACAAUGUGCCGAUGAUGGAAGGUGAUGCCACGUGGCAUAUUCUCGAGGCGUUGCGGAGAAAGCUCGAUCGAUCAUACCGGAGGUCAAGUGUUUUGAGCCAAUGAGUAGUUGCCACGUAGGAUCAUGUGUCUAAAUGGAUGCCAGGCUGGAAUUUUUGGACUGUUGUCGAUAUUGUGAAACCGGAUGUCUCGUGUGGGGUCCAUAACGUGAGGAGAUUAACCUGGGCACGUGAGAUGUCUGCUGAGAUGGCUAUCAAUGAGUGGAGUAACAUGUGACUCAGGGAAGUAAAGUGUAAAGUAUGCUGACGUGUAAUUCUUUGGUUGAGUAGUCAUAUAAUUCUUUGAAUAUAAUAAAAGGACUUGUAGAUCGAAAUGCAUGCAGGGUUAAAUCAAAUCUCUAUUAGUAUCAGUUUAAAAUCCAAUCAUUGUAAACAACUUUAUCAGUUUUAACACGAAUGUAGUUUAAACUCGUAAAAUUAACUUUUGAUUUUUAUUGUUCUUUGAUAUAGGAUACUUUUUUACAUUAA